GUGGACCAGUUGCGGCGGGAGAUUACGGCAAAACGCGCCUUCCUGGGGUUUACAGAGGGCCCUAUCAACUUCGAGCCAAGUUUCAAGGUGCUGCGACGGCGUGGCCACGAGUACACCCCCCAGCGGAGCCCAGCCUACUGCGACCGCGUCCUCUAUCGAUCUAAUCUGCCUCUGAAGCAGAUCCGAGUUGUGUCGUACUUCAGCGCCUCGGAUAUCGCUACCUCGGACCACAAACCCAUUGGUGCCGCACUUGUCGUACCAACGGUUUGGCGAACCACCGUGGACGAGACGGCGGCCGGAUUCGGUCGCAGUCAGGGCCCGAGUGGUGGCAACCUGGCCAUCACCCCGGACGGGGGCGGCUCGAUGAACCCCUCCGGGGCAACCGGGGGCGGCGCCCCUCGCGCUGGAGCUGCAGCCUCCACGACGGAAGCGCACCGGGUGGACAGCGACUGGAUGCUUUCGCGCACCGUCUUCGUCCUCUCUUAUCUCGUCGUCUCCAUCGUCACCUACUUCGUCGUCUUCGUCUCCUCUUAUCUCGUCGUCUCCGUCGUCACCUACUUCGUCGUCAUCACCAACGUUCUUCGUCUCGCGAAAAUCGUCC